AUGCUGCAAGUCGUUCGCGGCCCGCGCGGUCGCGGAUUGGCCGUGCGACGGGCCGUGCGAGAGGGCGAGGUGCUGCUGGACGAGGCGCCUCUGCUGCUAUACGUCGACGACGAUGUGUGCGACGACUACUGCUCGCACUGCCUGCGGUGCCUCCCCUCCGCUACCAGCCCCGCGGAUGCCGCCGCCCCGCCCUCCCCCCUCCCCUCCGCCACCCCCCUUCGCUGCCCCCACUGCCGCAUCUGUUCCUUCUGCUCCCCCGCUUGCCUCGACCAAUCACAAGCGGCCACGCACACCCCCUUCCUCUGCCGCGCGCUCUCCCGCCUCCCCCCUCGCUCCGCCACUUCAGCUUCCGCCGAUGGUGGGGCAUCCGUGCCACCGCCAAUCAACGAAGAGAGGCCAGAUGACACGUCAGCUGGGGGCGACGCGGACAGUGAAUCAGCCCUGCUGAACAGCGAGGACAGGACAGCUGUCCGUUUUCUAUUGGCUGCGUACGACCUGCUGGUGCAUCCCUGCGUGCUUCCCCCUUUGGCGGAGGCAGUAUGGGGGGAGGAAUUGGCGCAGAGAGCAGGCGGAAGGGGCAUUAAGGGGGAGGUUGGGAGGGGAGGGGAGGGGGCUGAGGGAGGGACAGGGGGAGCCAGCGGGAGGAGGACGUGGAACGAUUGCUUUGCGCUGCUGAUGGCGCUGGAUGGCGGGGACGAGGGGGAGGGCGGGAGAGGCGGGGAUGGGGAUGGAGAGAGAUGCAAGGAUGCAACCAAUGCAGCUCCUGCUGCUGGGGCUGAUGGCGCUAGUGCCGGCAGCAGCAGUGCAGAAGCGGUUGGGGCGGCAGGGGACGCGAGCAAGGAGGAGGAGAGGGCGCGGGCAAGGCGGGUGCACGAAGCAGUGCUGCGAGUGACACACGACUGGACCUGGCCUGCUGGGCCCACAGUGCUUGCCGCUGCAGGCUCUAGUGAAACCGCCACCCGGGAUGGCACAAGCGAGGGUGCACAUGCGGGGUUCAGCACAAGCGCUCCUUCAUGGGAGGUGACGCGUGCGCUGCUGGCUCGAGACACACGCAACAGCUUUGGAGUGAUGGCGCCGUUCAGCCCGCGGGGUGAGAGGGCUGUGCGGGGGUAUGCCAUGUACGGCGCUGCUUCGCUGGCCAACCACUCGUGCUAUCCCAAUGCCUGCAGCCCCCUCUCCCUCUUUAGCCCCCUCUCCCUCUUUCGCCCCCUCUCCCUCUUUCGCCCCCUCUCCCUCUUUAGCCCCCUCUCCCUCUUUAGCCCCCUCUCCCUCUUUAGCCCCCUCUCCCUCUUUCGCCCCCUCUCCCUCUUUAGCCCCCUCUCCCUCUUUCGCCCCCUCUCCCUCUUUAGCCCCCACUCCCUCUUUCACCCCCUCUCCCUCUUUCCCCUCUCUCCCUUUUCCCCCCUCGCCCUCUUUCGCCCCCUCUCCCUCUUUCACCCACUCUCCCUCUUUUGCCCCUUCUCCCUCUUCCAUCCCUUCUCCCUCUUUCCCCUCCCCUCCCUCUUUCGCUCCCUCUCCCUCUUGCAUCCCCCAAUUAACCUCCCAGUAUCCAUGCUUGUUCUCUGCCGACUUCGUUCCGCAGGCAAAGGGAAAGCAGCAGAGGAGGAGCAUGCUGACGAGGCGGACGGUGAUGCUGACAAGGAUGACAGUGACGAGGACGGGGAUGGGCAGGCUGCUGACGUGUCAGAUGCUGAGCUGGCACAUGCGCUGUUCUUCAUGAAGCAUCUGUGUGCCGUGGAGGGGUGUGGCGGCACCAUGGCUGCCAAGCCAGGGCGGUGGAUGGGAGGAGGGGGAGGAGGGGGAGGGGGUGGUGAGGGUGCAGGGCAGUAUGAGGUGGCGGAUGACAUGGAGUGUAACAUGUGCGGUGCGUUACAGUCUCGACGUGAGCUGCUGAACGCUCUGUGCUCCUAG